AUGUCUCAGUCCUCAGAAGGAACCAGUAUCUUCUCUGGCCUGGUGACGUUUGCUACCCUCGGGGUCAUGUCACAGAAAACGGGUGUUCCCAUUGAAUCCGUUGUUUCAAGUGGUCCAGGUUUGGGAUUUGUUACCUAUCCAGAAACCCUGGCACACCUUCCUCUCCCUCAGCUGUGGUCCUUCCUGUUCUUUCUGAUGUUGCUGACAGUUGGUCUGGAUUCACAGUUCAUGGGUGUUGAAGUCGUUGUUACUGCCCUUGUUGAUCAGUAUCCUCAGCAGUUGGGCAAGAGAAGGAUCCUCGUAACUGGAGGAUACUGCAUCAUAGCAUUUCUUCUUGGAAUCGUAUUCUGCACACAGGGAGGUCCGUACAUGUUUCAGCUGGUAGACUGGUAUGUAUUCUCCCUCGGACCAAUAGUGAUCUGUAUACUGGAGUGUGCUGCUGUGGCAUGGAUCUAUGGUAUACGACGGAUCAGUAGCGACGCUGAGAUGAUGUUUGGAAAGCAAUUGGCGAUGCCUGUAAAGAUCCUCUGGGCAUUCGUAACACCGGCAGUUCUAAUGACUGCUUUCAUCUUCACACUUCUUCGCUACCAACCACCAACCUACGGCACGUACGUGUAUCCUAGCUACGCCUCUACAAUCGGCUGGAUCAUUGCAGUGCUGCCUCUUCUACCGAUACCCGUCUAUAUGGUCAUGACUGUCAGGAAGCACAUGGCGACCAAUUCCCUAAAGAAGAGUAUAAAGAUUGCCUUGAGAGACCUGAUGCUGACUGGCGUCCUGCAAACCAAACUCCAGAUAAAGAGUCAGAGUGAAGGAUCAACAAAAACACGACCACCUUUAGAAACC